AUGGAGGUCGUCAUACCGCCGAGGGAUCACGGCCCGACGACUUACAAGUAUGAGUGGGACGAGAAUGGCGAGGUCAUCAGUACGCAGAGAAUCACCGACCCAGCGGCGCCGCCGCCGCCGACGACGGAGCCGUCGGCCAGCCGCAGGGGCAGGGCUCGGCAGACGGUCAUGUGGCCCUUCCAGGGCAGCGUGGCGACCGACUCGAUGAUAUCGAGCCCGCUCGCGGCGCACUUCCCCUCCUUCCGGCGGGCGACGUGGCAGGCGCGGGGCCUGAUGGGCAGGGCGUCGGCGGCCGAGACGGAUAGCACGCUGAUCCCCGACUACGUCGUCAACUACAUCCGCGGCGAGACGCCCGAGACGGUGGCGCGGCGCAAGCGCAACGGCGGCAAGCUCGCGGAGCGCGACGUCGACAUCGAGCACCAGCACAAGCCGCAGCGGUCGCAGGCUGCGCUGCGCGAGUUCUACGACGGCGCGGGCGGCGGCGCAGGCGGGUCGGGAGGGGGUGGUGGUGCUGGUUAUCAUCGCGGCUCCGGGGUGUCCGGGUCCAGCUCCGAGAUCGAGCGGGUCAUGCUGGCCCACGUCGGCGACGGGGAGAAGCCGGUGCACAGGCCGCCGAGGCGGUUCGCGCACGGCUGGCGGGGCGGCGUCGCCCUGAAUGCGAUCCUCGGGUUCCUGGUGCUGCUCGUCGGCAUCAUAUGUCUGGUGCUGGCCGUCGUGCAGACGCGCGCGUUUGCGGGCGAGACCAAGGUCAUGACCGGGUCCUGCGCGAGCGUCGACGGGCUGAACCGCGGCCUGCACGUCAUCAUCAGCGUCUUGGUGCUCGUCGUCGUGGCCGGGGCCAGCUACGUCUUCCAGGUGCUCACCAGCCCGACCCGCCCCGAGCUGGCGGCGGCGCACGAGCGGAAGCGGUGGCUCGACGUCGGCAUCCCGUCGCUGAGGAACCUGGGCGCCAUCUCUACCGUCAGGUCGAUCCUGGCCUUGACUGUCGUGGCGGCCGCCGUCGCCACGCAGGUAAUUUAUAACUCCGUAAUCUUUACUACCAAGGUCGGCGCCGACCCCCGGCUCGUCUUUGUCACACAGUCGUUCCUCACCGGCGAGACGUUCAGCAACGCGACGAGCAACAAUGCCGCUGGCCUCAGCCGGAUCGACAUUCUCAACCUGCAAAAGAUGGCCGGCUCGAAAGUACUGGUCAACAUGACGAUCGAAGAGUGCAUGGACGAGUUUGACGGGGCAUUCAAUGCCGAGUUCACUGCAGCACUCUUUGUUACCGAUAUCGUGGCCCCCUCGAGUUCAGUGCUGCAGACUACCACCCAGGCGUCCCUCCUCUCUCUUGGAGCCGCCAGCGAGGGCAGGGAUUCCAUCAUCGCUGCUCGCGCAGCCACGCAGUUCUGUCUCGCUCAACGGGAUCUCGACGGUCACACCUGCGAUCUAUCUCUCAACGGCUCCCUUUUGGCAGUCGUUGUUCUACUCAACAUCAUCACUAUUCUGGCGACGACUGCGAUCUUGUUCAGAUCGUCGUUCAGACCGCUCGUUACCAUCGGCGACGCUAUCGCCUCUUUCCUCGAGGACCCCGACCACACCACCGAGGGGUCCUGUCUCAUGACCAAGGCCGACGUCCUGCAGAAUCGCUGGGGACUAGGCGAAGCCAAGCACUGGCAAUCUAGGCGGCACUUUUGGUUUCGCUCUGCUUCUGUCCUCCGGUGGCUCUCGUGGGGUGUGGUGUGGCUGUUACGGCAGACUGCUGCCGUUCGGCGAGGUCUCGCCGCACAGCGUCUACCUCCUCCCAUCGUCACUGCCAAAGCCCGCAGUAGCUAUGAUCGCCAGCCUGCCCCAAGUCCUCCUAGCGACGCUGUACUUCACGACAAACAGCCUCCUGACGAGCCUCUUCCUCAGCCACGAAUUCUCACAGUACGCUCUCGGCGGGAGCAGGCCGCUGCGGGUGUCGGCCGGGCCCCGCGGGGCGCAGACGACGUCCCUGUACCUGACCCUCCCGCGCGUGUACAGCUGGGCCCUCGCCGUGCUGUUCGUGGUCCUCGCCUUCAUGCUGAGCCAGGGCGUGGCGGCCGUGGGCAUCGACACCGGCGUCAGGAACCAGCCCGCAGCAGCAGCAGCAGCAGCAGGAGUCGCGCUGGACGGCACGGCGCUGCUGGUCCUCGUCGUGCUCCUCGCGGCGCUGGCGCUCUCCGUGGUCGCGGGGCUGGGCUUGCGCACGGCGCCGGCCAUGGUCGCCGCCAACGGCGAGGCGGCGGGCAACCCGCUCGCGCUGGGGGGCGGCAGCUGCAGCGCCGUCGUGGCGGCGCGGUGCCAGGAGGUGCCUGGGGAGAGGGGGCAGGCGUGGACGAGGCCGGUCGCCUGGGGCGUGGUGAUGGAAGGGGCGGCGUCGGUGGGCGGCAGCAGCGGCAAGUGCGGGUUUUCUGCGGGCAGAGUCGGGCAGCUGGAUCUGGGGAGGACCUAUGGAUGAAAAUCAUUGGAACUGGCUGGGGAAAUGCGGAUGGAGGGGCACGAGACUCUAUAUACUGUCAACAAGAUGCCCUCAAGAAGAAUCCCAAUCCAGCCUCUCAUCUUCGUCGUAGGCGAGUUUCCCACGCCCCUUGCUCGAUAUUCCCUCCCCCUGCAGAACUGACCAGAUGGGACGUUGAAGGCCUCCCUGGUUCCGGGAAGCGAAAGCUAUGCAAGCGGCUCGAGGCCGACUACGGCUUCGUGCAUAUUGCGAUCGACGCACAUCUGCAAGAGCUCAUCCUGGAGGCGGCGAGAUAUCCACCAGACAUGAGGACCGCCGACGAGAACUUGAUUCAACUUUACUGCGACAGAGGAGACCAGCUCCCACGCACCCUCCUCUUCGAUAAGAUGUAUCCCAUCAUCCGCAGGGAGCGCCACUCGGGCCAUGCUAUCCUCUUGGACAACUUCCCCAGCCAGAUACAAGAGGCGGGUCUCUUCGAGGCGAUGACUGGGCCGCCGGACCAAGUCCUCUUCUUUGACUGUCCGAAGGAUACUGCCAAGGAACGCUUCAUGUCGUGGAAUACGAGAGAAGGGGACACUGCUCCAGCAUUUUUUGAACGUAUAUAUGAGAGCUUCACAAAGUGCAACCCUGAAAUCGUGGCAGAGUAUGAGCGCAAAGGGUUAUUGACCAAGAUUGACACAAGCGACUUUAAUGCUUCGUAUGGUCAUCUCAAGGACGCCUUGGAGAAAACCGGCUGCAUGCCCAAGAAGGGGAUUUGGUUCCCCUCGCUGCUAGAUUCACCCGACCCAGAGGAUCCAGAAUAA